UCCACCAACUCAAACACCCACUUGGUGUUUAGAGUUUAUGUAUUGGAAUUUGUGAAUCAAAGCAAAUGGAAUAAAUUGGUUCUUAAUUUUACAUGAUGGGCAGGUUGAGAAAGAUGAAAGUUGUUGUUACCUUGUUUGCAAUCACAUUGGUGCUUGCAACAGUUGAGGAGGUGAGGUCUGAUGGAGAUCAGCCCUUGUCCAAAAUUGCGGUUCACCGGGCGUUAUCUGCUCUUCAUGACAGAGCUUAUGUUAAAGCCUCCCCUGAGCUUCUUGGACUGAAGGGGGAAACUUCAGUUUGGGUAAAUCUGCAGUUCAGUUCUCCUCACCCUUCAUAUGAUGAUUGGAUUGGAGUAUUUUCUCCUGCAAAUUUCAGUGCUUCAACCUGCGCUGCAGAAAAUUCUUUGAUGACUGCUCCAUUUUUAUGUUCUGCACCAAUUAAGUACCAGUAUGCAAAUUACUCUAGUCCGAAGUACCAAGAUACAGGGACAGGCUCCUUGAAGUUACAGUUGAUUAACCAGAGAUCAGACUUCUCUUUUGCACUAUUCUCCGGUGGAUUGUCAAACCCAAAGCUGGUGGCAAUCUCUGGUAGAGUAACAUUCGCCAAUCCAAAAGCUCCAGUUUAUCCACGCUUAGCACAAGGGAAAAUGUGGAAUGAGAUGACUGUAACAUGGACAAGUGGAUAUGCUCUAGGGGAAGCAACACCUUUUGUUGAAUGGGGUGAGAAAGGAGGAGACCUUGUGAGAUCCCCAGCUGGGACUUUGACCUUCGAUCGCAACAGCAUGUGUGGUGCACCAGCAAGAACAGUAGGAUGGCGAGAUCCUGGAUAUAUACACACUGCUUUUCUGAAGGAAUUGUGGCCCAAUACAGUGUAUAUCUACAAACUAGGACACAAAUUGUCAGAUGGUUCAUAUGUUUUCAGUCGACAAUACCAGUUCAGAGCCUCUCCUUAUCCUGGACAAAAUUCUCCUCAAAGUAUUGUUAUAUUUGGUGACAUGGGAAAGGAUGAAGAGGAUGGUUCCAAUGAAUACAACAAUUUCCAGAGAGGCUCUCUCAACACUACUAAGCAGCUUAUUCGAGACCUGAAAAACAUUGAUAUUGUGUUCCAUAUUGGAGAUAUAUGUUACGCAAAUGGUUACCUUUCACAAUGGGACCAAUUUACUGCACAGGUUGAGCCAAUAGCAUCUUCUGUUCCUUACAUGGUUGCAAGUGGAAAUCACGAGCGUGACUGGCCUAAUUCAGGUUCCUUUUUUGGAAGGACAGAUUCAGGAGGGGAAUGCGGUGUCUUAGCCCAGAACAUGUUUUAUGUCCCUGCUGAGAACAGGGAAAAAUUCUGGUAUUCCACUGACUAUGGCAUGUUCCGGUUCUGCAUAGCCGACACAGAACAUGAUUGGAGAGAAGGAACAGAGCAGUACAAGUUCAUUGAGAACUGCUUUGCAACAGUUGAUAGACAAAAGCAACCAUGGCUGAUAUUUCUUGCACAUCGGGUAUUGGGUUACUCUUCUGCGAGCUUUUAUGUAGCUGAAGGAUCGUUUGAGGAACCAAUGGGAAGGGAGAGCCUUCAGAAACUAUGGCAGAAAUACAAGGUUGACAUUGCCGUAUAUGGCCAUGUGCACAAUUAUGAAAGGACAUGUCCCAUUUACGAGAAUAUCUGCACUAGCAAGGAGAAGCAAAAUUACGUAGGUAAUCUGAAUGGGACAAUCCAUGUGGUUGCUGGCGGUGGAGGAGCAAGUCUUGCAACCUUUGCUCCUAUUAAUACGACAUGGAGUAUCUUUAAGGACUAUGACUAUGGAUUUGUCAAAAUGACUGCAUUUGAUCACUCAAACCUGUUGUUCGAGUACAAGAAGAGCAGCGAUGGAAAGGUUUAUGACUCUUUCAGAAUAUCCAAGAAUUACAGAGACAUCUUGGCCUGCAGUGUUGAUAGUUGCCCAUGUACAGCAAUGGCAUCUUGAAUUCAGAAGUUUGAAUUGUUCAAUAAUGGUUGAAACAAAAGAGUUUGCGAGAAUUUGAGACUAUCUCAGCUGAGACAUGCAGUAGUGAACUGCAUUGACCUCUGCUUCUUCAGCCUGCCAAGUAAAGAUUGAAUUGCCCAUCCACUAUAGAGAUCGAGAUUGUCGGUCCAAGAUUGUCUUCUUUCUUGUCAACUAGUUGUUCCCAAUUAGUAACUAAUGAUCGAUGUAACUUUGUUAUCGAAAUUAAACAGAAAAACAUAGACAAAGAAAUACAAAAGUCUAGGCUUUUCUACUUC